AUGGUGGCCACCUGCCUGCACCUGGGUGGAUUUAUCUGCGGUUUUAUUGGGUGGAUUGGGGUGAUUGUGGCAACGUCCACCAAUGACUGGGUGGUGACUUGUGGCUACACCAUUACCACCUGCCGGAAGAUGGAUGAGCUGGGAUCCAAGGGGCUGUGGGCAGACUGUGUCAUGGCGACAGGUCUCUAUCACUGCAAACCCCUCGUGGACAUCCUCAUCCUCCCAG